CGGAGCGGCGGCGGUUGAAUGUCGGCGGCCCGGGAUGGCGCUGCGCCGUCUCGUGCGCAAGCUCGGGCACCCGCUGGUGGAGAUCCGGGAGCGGGCACUGCACAACCUGUGCUGCAAGCUGGAGCAUGGGCUGGUUUCUCUCACCCAGCUGGCUGGAGACAAGCAGCUGCUCAUCCUCCUCCUGGAGUGGUUCAAUUUCCCCUCCACCCCCAUGAAGGAGGAGGUGCUGGCUCUGAUCGGCAACUUGGCCAAGCAUCCUCCAGCGGCGCAACAUUUGCACGAGAUUGGGGCCGUGGAAUUCUUCUCCCAGCUUCGCCCCAAUGUCCAUCCAAAUCUGCAGGCUGAAAUCGACGGCAUUUUGGAUGGGCUCUUCCUCCUUUCUUCAGAAGUCCCGUCCCCACAUCACCGUUCUCCGCCUCACCGGACCGCGUCCACGGCCCCUGUAAACAAUCCAGUUUCGCCUGAAGAAGAAGAAAUCAUCACUGGCUAUUUUCCACAAGACAGAAGUAACUUCCAGGAGAGGGAGUUGCCUCCCAAAAGAUCCGUGGUAAAUCAGACGGUGAGGUGCUUAAAGUUUUCCACAUUUCCUUGGCUGCCGCUGACCACCACAGACAGACAUGUUCUCUCCUCGAAUGAAAGCUCUCUGAGAAGUACUAACCACACUUUAAUCUGGAAUACAUGUGAGCUGUUACAGGAUGUGAUUAUGCAAGAUUUUCCUGCUGAGAUCUUCCUUCAAAGACCAAAGAUUGUUCAGAGCCUUUUGUCUCUGUUGAAGCUGGCAUUCGGAAGAGAUGGAAAACAUCACUUAGCUUUGCAGGCGGUGUCGUGCUUACAACAAUUGUGUACAUAUUUAAGAAACAGACUUAACUUUCAUCGAGAUCCAAGUUUUUUCUCCAGUAAACAAGAUUCGGUGUCCCAGAAUUCCUCUCUGUCCUACUGCCAAGAAACCAGAGGCGCUCAACAAUCUCUGAAUCCAUCCCCUGGAAGCAGUAGCCCUCGCCCUUCCGUCAUUGGACGCACUGGCCAGCGCCCCAGGGGGGAUGGCCAGGAUUGGGAUGCAGUUUCUUCCAGUGGAAGCAGUCCUCAAGCUAAUGGCCACUCUAGGCUCUCCGUGCAUUCACCAGUGGAUAUGCGACACAUCGAUCUGCCAGAGCUAGAAAGUGAGGACACAUUGGAAUUGCAGUUCCAGCAGCUCAGCCUUCCCCAGUUCUGUGUCUCAGUUCUGGAAUCUGCAGUCCCACUCUUAAGAGCAGGCGGUCGAAGAAUGACAUUGCGGGUCCUGGAAUUGCUUGCGGAGAACAUGCUACUUCUCGGCAAUACGCUGUCAGAAGAAACCUGGGAAGACAACAGCCUUUUUGCCUUAGAAUUGAAAGAGAAGCUGAUCUCAGUUCUGGGAUCCCUCGGGGAAACGCUAACCUACCACAAAAGCAGCAUCAGCUCCGAGCAGCCGGAGUCCACGCUUGGGCACCACAGAAUGGCAUUUAUCAGCAUUUCACUUUUCACAGUCCGAUUGUUGCAGACACUGCUCCCUGUGGAAAAGGCAAGCCAGGUUUUACCUGAGAGAUUGAUGAAUGCAUUGUUCCUUCUGGCCAUGGACAUACCCUUUUCUUUGGAGUAUCCAAAUAUUCACGAGUCUGUGGUCGCUUACCUGGAGCAGCUGGAUUUCGAGAACUACAACCUUUAUAAACGGACGGCAGAGACUGUUCAUUCAAUUGAAUGCAGCUGUAACUUCCUGACCGAUAUCGGAAAGGAGGGAGAGAAGAAUCUCUUUGAAUUAGUGGAGCUGGCAGACCAGGCUUUGCGAAGCCUUUUUUAUCAUCAGCAUUUUCCGUUAUUAAAGGAAUUCAUCUCCAUCUGUUCAAACAUCUGCAAACCAGGCCAAUCCAGUGGUCCCGUGCUCCAGGGUGAAAGUCAAAAGGUGUUGCUGCGACUCUUGUCUUACCCGGUGCUCUCGGUGAAAGCCGAAGCUUAUCGCAGCUGCCUGGAAAUGGUUAAGGAAUGCUUAGGAAUCCAUAACGUUUCUAAGCCAUCAUCCUCAUUUUGCCAAGGAAUUCACUUCCUUCUACAUCCCAAAGUUUUGUAUGAAAUCUCCACUUUUGGUCUUCAGGAAUCCCCAAAUGAGGUGAACGCUACUGCCAAGGCCAUUCUGAUCUAUCUGCUUCAGGGGCGAUUGAUGAUGACAGCACUCACCUGGAACAAGUUUAUUGAGGCGCUCUGCCCUGUCAUCCCAAUUCUACAGGGUUAUGCAGAUACGGAAGAAACCUUGGGGAAGUGCAUUCUCAUUCUGAGUGAAACCAGUCCUGAGGCUGGCGAUGGAAUUCUCCCUCGAACUACCAGACUGAAGGCAGGACUGCGACUUCUGCUAGCCAAGAAACAGUCGGUACGCUCCAAGGCACUAAAACAUUUAGCAUUUCAUCUAACAACUGAAGAAGGACCCAGCCUGAAGCGCCCUCUCUUAGAUGGAAAUGUUCUCUCUAGAAUUACUAAUUUAUUCAUUGUUGAAAAGCCGCUUGAACUCAAAUUGGAUGACCCAAAAGAAACAAUUAUUAAGGUGGGGACAGCUGAAAAAGUCUAUGAAAUUUUUACCUCGGACACCAUCGAUAUAGCUUUGAGAAAAUCUGCGGCUGAGCAGUUAGCUGUAAUUGUGCAAGAUAUCAAAAUGCAUAAAGUGGUAAAGAAGUUGGGUGCAAUUGACAAGAUACUUGCUUAUAUCAAUGACUGUAUAGGCCGAGAUGGCAAGGUAUUGGAGUGUAUAAUGCUGCCAUGUCUCACGUUCCUCCGGAAACUAGUGACCGCGGAUCCAGUUAUACGCCUGUCCCUCUCCCAGCAGCCCUCUGUCCUGCUCUUAUUAUUCAGAGUUGCUUUGAUCCUUCAAGAAGACUGUGCAGUUGUGACAGAAGUGGCAGCGUUGUUUUGCCUUCUCCUCUUUGAUGAAGUUUCAAGAAUAGACGUGUGGUCUGACUGUGUGUCCAGUACUUCUGCACCUCCUCUCUUCAGCUUGCCUGUUACAGUGAUUAGACGGUACCACCUUCCUUUCCGGGUCCGAGGGCAUCACGCCGUCAGCCCGAAUUCCCUUGUCCUGCCACUAUCUGUUGAUUGUUUGGCAUUGAAGCCGGUGUCUGAUGCUUUGAGAAUAGCAUGGAAUCUGUCGUGGAACCAUGGGAUUGAAAGCCUGUUACAGAAUAGGAGCAGUGGAUCAGAAUCACAACAACCUUUAGACACUUUAAAGUUGUCCCCCGAAGACACCGUGAUCCUGAGGCGAACCCACGCAGCCAGCGGCUCGCAGGACUGCCUCAGCGCCGUCGUUCAGGCCGUCUCUCACGGCGAAGUCAGGGCCGCCAUCACUUCCAUGAGCUUUUAUCUUCUGAACGACAGGCUGGCUUUGAAGAGCAGCCCCAGCUCGUGGAGUGCUACUUUGGAACACUCGACUUGGCACUCUUCCCUAAACAGGUUCCUGCAGGUACUCCCAGCUUGCACCGAAGAUGAGCGUCUCCUGACAGAUGUCAUAUGCUUCCUAAACAAGUUACUGAGAGUUCAGAAGAAAGGUUCAGUGUCAGAACUUCUGAAGUGGAUCUUGGAAAUACUUCUGAAACAUAACCCCAAUCCAUUAUUAGAACUUCUGGUACAGAUGGAAUCCCCAAAUCAGGAAGAAACAGAUGAAGUACAGGCUGCUGUCAGGCAACAGCUGCAGAGAGAAUUGAUUGCUCUCUUCAGUACCCUGCUGCUCUACUACGUGCCAGUUACUGACAGAAAAUGCUUGGAACUUCUUUACGCCUUCCGAACCCAGCUGGCCCUGAAACUGCUCCAGUGUCUGCGGGUAACCGACGCUCCCCGUUUCUAUGGAUUGCCGUCUCUGGAGAGGACCUUAAGGGGGAUGGUCCACGUGACAGCUCUGCCGGGAUGGAGCUCACAUUCCCCUCUAACCGAGCCCUUCUCCAUUUGUGCGAAGUAUCUGGCCGGCCUGCUGGAGGUCAUCUCUUCAUUUUACGUUGAUCGUGGAGGAAAUGCUCUGUCCUUCAUGGGAAAAGGUGUCACCAAGAGCACAGUUCUAUGUUUGCUUCACUUAUCCCACGAGAUGAUGGCUCAGUCUAAAACCUCGGAUUGGGUUUCUCUGUGGUUCUUGCCUUUUGAGAGUAGCAGUGAACGUCAGAGUCCCAUUCGCCAAGGACUGGCUUGGCUGAUCCCAUUAUGGGUAGACAGAGACCCUGAAGUGCGGUUCACGUCUCUGGGGAUAGGAUCAGCACUAACUUCGGUUGAAGAAGGCUGUGUUGCUUUAUCGGACAGCUGCCAGAACAUUGCCGGAGGCUUGUGGGGAACUGUGGUGAACAUUCUGCUGGAACAAUCAGAAUGCAGCAUGGUGCGCAGGGAGGCUGCCUUUAUUCUUCAGAACCUUCUUGUGAUCCCGAUGCCCACUGAAGAAAUCAACGAUUGUGCUUGGCAGGGCCCCUGUGUACAUGAUGAGGAAUCUGGCCUGUCUCUGAUAGGAAAACCUGCCCUUCAGGUUCUCUUAUAUCACUGCCACUUUUAUGAACAAGUGAUUCAGAUGGCGACACGGUGCUACCUAGGACGAUAUACGUUUGACUUGAAUUAUUCUCCGGUAGAUAGCUUCACAGCGCGGUGUGAUAAAAAUGAACUGGAUGAUUCUGUAAGUUUUUGGAGGGCCCCUUCCAGUCUGUCCAGCCAAAGUCAAGCUGUGGGUUCUCUCUCGACGUCGGAAACAAUGGUACUUUCUGUGCCCACCCCUGUGGGGAGUGCUGAAAUCCAUCCCCUUGUGGCACCACCAACAGCUUCUCUUAUUCCUGAAACACCACUUGAUCGACUUGUGGCUCAAGGUCAGAGUGAAACCACCACAACAUCUUCAAGCCCCCAGGAUUCUCCCCAUUCUGCUCACAUGCCAAAUGCAUGUUCAGUGGUCACCCCUCCUCUGCUUUCUGCUGUGUGCAGCCUGCUGGACAACCUGCUGAUCGUGGCUCCAAAGGACACCGCAGCUGCAUUUCACCAAGCCCACCUACUCACAGCUCUCUGUAGUCUAGUAAAUGCCGGCGUGAUCGAGAAGUGCAUGCAGGAACUCAACACCCCACUGUCUAAUCGAGGUCCGAUUGAACCCACUAAGGCUCAGGUGUCAUUUCUGCUACAGUACUUGUCCUCUCUAGCCAGGCUCCUGCAGUCGUGCUUACUGGUGGACCCAGAGCUGGUGGUCCAGGAUGAACUUCUGAAACCUCUGCUGGCAAAUAUUGUCAAAGUCCUUACUGUGGGCCCUAAAGAUAGCUUAGAUGCUGAGUUAACAGCCACAGUUCGCCACACAUGGAAAGAUUUGUUUAACCUCCUGUCUACCCUGCUGAGGAAAACCAGCCCGACUACUAUUUCAUCAGUAACAGCUGCUCUGGCAAAGCACUGGUCUGCAGUCCUUGGUAUGUUUUGCAAGUGUGUGGAACUGUCAAGCACAUGUCCAAGUCUCUCCACAGCCACUUUGCAAUUCCUUUCUGUCCUUUUGGUUGAAGAGGGGAAAAGACAGCUGCAAGAUAACCAAAAUGUUGGUCACAACCCAACAAUGGCAUCACUUCUUGAUAAGGUGGAUGGAAAUCAGGAAGCCGUCGCUCGACUUAAUGAAUUAAUUCUUCAGAACUAUGGAGGCAAAUCCUCCAAGGAUGCACUGAAAAGAGUGUCUGCAAGUGCUCUGCUCUCUCUGCUGGCUGUCAGUAAACGAGCCCAGAACUACGCUGUGAAAGCCGACCUCAUAGACAGCUGCAUAGAGCAGAUGAAGCGGGUUCACGCACAACUGAACUUAGAUUCCCUGAGGCCUAUGAAAACAGCACAGAAAAAAAAGGAUGAGGGCUUCUUCAAAGAACUGAAGACAGCCAUGCAUCUUCUAAGAAACUGCCUGUAUAAGAAUGAAGCGUCCAAAGCAGCCGCGCUAGAUGCUCAUCUCGUUCCCAUCUUGCACUCUCUGUGGCCUUGGUUUCUGAUGGAUAAUUCGUUGAUGCAAAUCGUUUUGCAGCUGCUCUGUGUGUACACGGCACAUUUCCCACCUGGUUGUGCUUCAGUUUGUUGGACAAGUGGUGGACAAUUUCCUGCCCAAGCUGCAUACAGAGGAGCCCCCAGCACCUCCCUGAUGCUGUGUAUCAUCAAGUUGGCAUCCCAGGUGCCUUCUGACAGUGCCACCAUUCAGCAGCUGGCUUUUACCCUGCUUUCCAACCUCGCGUUGACUCAUGACUGCAAAGGUGUUAUUCAGAAGAGCAACUUCUUACAGAACUUUCUGUCCCUGCCACUGCCAAAAGGAGGAAACAAAACCUUGAGUCCCCUGGCCAUCCUUUGGCUGAAGUUCCUGUUGAACAUGUCCUUGGGAGAAGAUGGGCAGCAUCAGAUCCUGAAACUCCCCGGCGGCUUAGACCUGCUGUCAGAGAUGAGCAAAUUCAAACCCAGUAGUGGCCCUCCCGUGGCCCUCCUUGUGCUCCACAAUAUCUGCUUCAGUCCAGCCAAUAAGCCCAAGGUCCUAGCCAACGAGAGGGUUGUCUCCGUGCUAUCCGCCUGUCUUGAAAGCAAGAGUCGAAGUGCCCAGACCAUUGGAGCAGCUGCGCUGUGGGCCCUGCUCCAUAAUUAUCAGAAGGCCAAAGCAACGUUGAAAAACCCAUUAUUAAAAAGAAGAGUGGAUGAGGCCUAUUCUUUGGCAAAGGAAACAAUCCUGGACCCAGAUGUAAACCCUCUAAAUGCCUACCACCUCAAAUGUCUGGAGAACCUGGUACAGCUCCUCGCUGUGUGAGCCUGCUGCCCAUGGCCCCCGAAAAGAGUAUUUGACGAGGAGAGGACUCUGGGAACCUUGAGCUUCUGCAGGCCGAGGCUCCAUAGGAGAGGAAAACAUUGACGUACACACUCUGGCUAAGAGGGGGGCUAAGCUGUCCACACUGCGGCUAAGCUGUCCGGACUCAGCCUGCCGAGCGAGUGCCCAUCAGGGCAGUGGGAUAGGUGGCCGGAGGGACCAGACGAAGACUUCCAAGAAGACCGGGGACGUGGAGAAGAAUGGGAAUAAGCACUCAAAAGUGAACAUUUCUGUGUGAGAAACUAUUUUUAAUAGUAUUUAUCCAAAUAAAAGCUAUUUUUGGAAUCCUAACUGGAGGCAUGUUCUUGUCAAGCAGAAUAUCUCUGUAUUUUUAUAUUGUACACUCCCAAGCUUUUAUUACAAUAAACGCUGAAAACAGUAA